AUGCCGGGGCGGCUGACCACCCUCGUCGCAUCGCUGCUAAUUUUCUGGAAUGUUUCUUCUGCCCAAAUCAGAUAUUCCAUUUCUGAGGAGGUCAAGGAAGGUACUCUGGUUGGAAAUGUCGCUAAAGACUUAGGUCUGGAUCUCGGUGCUUUGAAGGCUAGGGGAUUUCGAAUUGUGUCUGGCUCGAACGAGCCCCUGCUCCAGGUUAAUCAGAAGGAUGGUUCCCUGUAUGUGAACAAAAAAAUAGAUAGAGAGGAGGUGUGCGGACGGAGUGGUGCCUGUUUGAUCAACUUGAAAACUGUGCUAGAGAACCCUUUGGAAAUUCAUUAUGUUUCGGUCGAGGUUGUGGAUGUAAACGACCAUAGUCCAAGCUUCCCCGAAAAUGAAUCGCAUAUAGAGAUAUUUGAAUCAGCAUUACCCGGUGAGCGGUUCCAGCUACAGGCUGCGCGAGAUCCAGAUAGCGGUAUAUAUUCUGUUCAACAGUAUAAAUUGAACCCGAACGAUCAUUUUCGUUUGGAGGUUAAAGACAGAGGCGAGGAUGGAAAAAUUCCCAUUUUGUAUUUACAAAAAUCACUAGAUACAGAGACAGCAAGACGUCAUAGGCUUUUGCUUUCUGCCAUUGAUGGAGGAAAACCUCCUCAGUCAGGGACGACUGUAAUAUUUGUUGAAGUUUUGGAUGUUAACGAUAAUCAGCCCAUUUUCACCAGCGAUACAUAUUCUGUCUUGCUGAGCGAAAAUUCGCCAAUAGGUACAACAAUCAUUCAAGUCAACGCCACAGAUUUAGACGGCGGUUUGAACGGUGAAGUCGUUUAUUCGUUUGGGAGUAAUGUAAACGGUAAAUUGCGUAAGCUUUUUGACAUAGACAGCAAAACAGGAGAAAUCAUUGUUAGGGGCGUUAUUGAUUUUGAGGAAAAAGAUCGAUAUGAAAUCGAUGUAAAGGCGUCUGAUAAGGGGACUGUUCCUUUAAAAACGGAUAAGAGCGUAGUAAUAAAGGUAGUUGAUUUAAACGACAACACUCCUGAGAUAGAGGUAACAUCUUUUUCGAGCACUAUUCCCGAGGACUCUAAACCUGGAACCACGGUUGCUCUGAUUAGUGUCAGUGACUUGGAUUCUGGCCUGAAUGGAAAAGUUAUUUGCUUCAUACCUGAGGAUGUCCCUUUCAUCUUAACUCCUUCACUACAGGAUAAUAUGUAUUCUGUUGUCACCAAAUCUUUGCUGGACAGAGAACAUCAGUCCCAUUAUGAUGUUAAAGUAGUUGCAAAAGAUGGAGGUGAACCAGCCUUAUCAUCUGAAAAGACAAUAAGUGUUGUUGUAUCAGAUGUAAAUGACAAUACUCCAGAGUUUUCACUGAAUCCAUAUACUUUCUAUAUUACUGAGAAUAUCACUCCUGGAGUAUCUCUAUUUUCGGUGGGAGCAUCUGAUCAUGAUGAGGGUGAUAAUUCUCUCAUUUCUUAUCAUAUUCACAAAAAUGAAAAUGACAAAUCAGUAUAUUUUUACAUCAACCCUGGAAAUGGAGAUAUUGUGGCACUGAAAAGUUUUGACUUUGAAACACUGAAAACCUUCCAGUUCCAAGUUGUUGCCACAGAUUCUGGAACUCCAUCACUUAGCAGCAACAUCACAGUGAACGUGUUCAUUCUGGAUCAGAACGACAACGCUCCAGUCAUCUUGUAUCCGGUGAGCGCGAACGGUUCUGCUGAAGGUGUGGAAGAGAUUCCCCGCAAUGUGAAUGCAGGCCACCUGGUGACUAAAGUGAGAGCCUAUGAUCCAGAUGUAGGAUAUAACGGCUGGUUGUUAUUUUCACUGCAGGAAGUGAGUGACCACAGUCUGUUUGGUUUGGACCGCUAUACAGGACAGAUAAGAACACUUCGAUCAUUCACAGAGACAGACGAGGCUGAGCAUAAACUGGUCAUACUGGUGAAAGACAAUGGGAACAUUUCCCUGUCAGCAACAGCCACUGUGAUUGUCAAGGCUGUAGAGCCCAAAGAGGCUUUUGCAGCUGCUGAUGUCAAAAGUGCAGCAAAAGUUGAAGAAGAGAGUAAUGUGACAUUUUAUUUGAUAAUAACUUUGGGCUCAGUCUCAGCACUUUUUCUCAUCAGUCUCGUCGUUUUGAUUGCAAUGCAAUGCUCCAGAUCAACAGACUAUUCUUCCAAAUACUUACAAGACACAAAUUAUGACGGGACACUGUGCCACAGCAUUCAGUACAGAUCUGGAGACAAACGGUACAUGUUAGUUGGACCCAGAAUGAGUAUAGGAUCUACUAUAGUCCCAGGCAGCAAUGCGAAUACUCUCAUUCUCCCAGACAGGAGACAGGCAUCUGGAGAGGUAAGCAAGGUAACAAGUAAUGUAUGA